GCUUUCAGUUAGUGUGUGUGUCCAGUGACUAAAACAGCUGCAGUGUAACCUAUCACUGUUUUACUGUGGUAAUGGAGAUGUUACUGUAUGGACUCCUGGUGAUUAUUUCAUCUGUCAGUGGUCAGACUUUGACCUCCUCAGAUUCUGUGGUGAAAAAGCCUGGAGAAUCAGUGACUCUGUCCUGCACUGGGUCUGGAUUCUUAGUAGGCAGCUCUUACAUGCACUGGAUCUAUCAGAAACCAGGGAAAGGACUGGAGUGGAUUGGACGUAUUGACCCUGGCUCUGGCACUCUUUUUGCUCAGUCUCUACAGGGCCAGUUCUCCAUCACAAAAGACACAAAUAAAAACAUGCUGUAUUUAGAGGUGAAAAGCCUGGGGACUGAAGACACAGCUGUUUAUUACUGUGCACGACAAUACAACCAUGCUUUUGACUACUGGGGGAAAGGAACCAUGGUCACUGUCUCGUCAGUUCAACCAUCUGCACCAAAGUCAAUCUUCGGCAUGUCUCAGUGUACUUCUGAUUCUGAUGGGUUCCUCACCAUCGGCUGCUUGGCAAGAGGUUUCUCACCUGCGGACUCGCUUACAUUCAAAUGGAAGGAUUCUGAUAAAAAAGAGUUGAGUGGUUUUGUGCAGUAUCCGGCAUUUGGACGGGAUGGAGACUAUAGCAAAAUCAGCCAUCUGCGCGUGAGGAAAAGUGAUUGGGAUGCUAAAAAACCUUACAAAUGCGAAGCUUCAAAUUCUGAAGGCAGUAAAGAAACUACUCUUGUUCCAUCACCCCCACCGCCAGAUCAGCAUGCAGAUGUGUACUUAACAGUACCUACAAAAAUGGAGUUAGACAAUGGAACAGCAACCUUCAUGUGUUUAGCCCAGCGGUUUUCACCUAAAACAUAUGAGUUUAAGUGGUAUCAGGAUGGUAAGGAGGUGACAGAUGCAAUAGACAAAUAUGACAAAAGUGAGAAGAAAGGCUCAGUAACCGAAUAUAGUGCCACAAGCAUUUUGCAAAUCAGUGCCGACAAAUGGAAUCACCCAAACAACAAAAUUAAGUGUGAGUUCGUGCACAAGACGGGAAAGAAAGUUAUUGUGGCAGAAUAUGCAGUUCCUAUUCAAGAUUGCACCAAUAUUGCUGUUGAUAUAGUGCCUCCCUCCCUUGAAGACAUGCUGAAAAAUAGACAAGGAGUGCUGAAGUGCAAAGCUUCAGCAGACAAUUCAGGUUUCACCAAAAUAACAAUAGAAGCGAAUAAUAAUAUCAUCGCUGAGGCAGCAAUAACUGAAAACAAAAAAGUUGUGGAACUUGACGCCCCGAUUGGCUAUGAAGAAUGGAGCAAUGGAACCGAAUUUACAUGCACCGUUGAACACAAAGAGCUAGCAGAGCCCAAGGCAACUAAGUUCAUCAGAGAAAAUGGUAAAGAACCCAAGAGACCCUCUGUUUAUAUAUUAGCACCCCCAGAGCACAAAGAGGGUGACAAGAUGACCCUGACAUGUUAUGUGAAGGACUUCUACCCCAAAGAGGUGUUUGUGUCUUGGCUUGCUGAUGAUGAACCUGUGACUCUUGGGUACAGUUACAACACUAGCCUGCCAAUUCAUAAUGAUAAAUACUUCUCCGUCUACAGUCAGCUAACAGUUGAUCAUUCAGAGUGGAAGAGCGGUACAGUGUUCAGUUGUGUCGUGUACCAUGAAAGCAUUGAUGAAAAAAUGCGCGUACUGACAAGAUCUAUUGAUGAUAAUAUUGAUAAGGCAGGUGUUAUUAAUCUAAGUAUGAAUACCCCUGCAUCUUGCAAGGACUCUGUGAUUGUGUGGAUAGAGCAUUCCCUGUAUGACGCCAUUGAUACAGAUGAUAGUGGCAUUGCAAACACUGCUGUAACCUUUGUUUUCCUGUUCCUCAUCACCUUGUUCUACAGCAUAGGGGCUACUUUUGUUAAGUUCAUAUCUAUUUUAAUAGCAAAACGUGUCAAUAAGCCUACUAUUGCUCUGAUGAGUAGAGAGGACGGUGACAGGAUUGUGUUGGAGUGCCAGUUGAAUGAUUAUUUCCCAGAAAAACUUACUGUACAAUGGCUUGAGGGUGAUAAGCCUGUCAAUGCUCAAAUUAAUAAAAAGUUUCAGAACACUGAUAAAGGCGAGAAAAAGUACACUUACAUAAGUCAGCUAUCUAUCAGUGCCCCAUAUGAAGGCAAAAAGUACACUUGUAAAGCCAACCACAACUCUGAAGAAUUCGAGGAAGUAUAUAACACGUGCAUGGCACAGUCUUUGUUCAAACCUUCAGUCCAAAUAAAGAAAGCCCAUCUCAGAGACAUCUUAAAGGGGAGUGAGGUCACAAUUUCCUGUGUUGUCGAAGCACCAGACAACACUAUAGUGUCAUGGUUGACAGACAAUGUCAGUAAAAAAGCCACCAAAGAAGUCAAAGACCAGUCCAAUAAUAUUGUUAGCAACUUGACUUUGUCCAGAAAUGAUUGGUUGACCCUUAAGACCAUUGUUUGUACCGCUAAACAUCCAUGUUUAGAAGAGAGGGUGGAAAUUAAAGCUGAUGAUAUAAAGACAGAUCCUGUAGUGGUGAUCAGGAGGCCUUUCGUGAAAUCAACGCAGGCAGGCAGUGCUGUGCUGGAGUGUGUUGUAAAUGAUCUCCCCUCUGGUGAGGUCUGCAUCAACAUCCAGGCCAAUGAUAAUGAUAUCUCAGAUUUAAGUUGUGUGGAUUGGGCUCCAUCCGAAAACCUUUGGUCCUUGACAACACAUUUUACAAUACCUACUGAGCAUCAGAAAACUGGAAAAACCUUUACUUGUAGAGUUCAUGGACUCUUGAAAAAAUGGACAUCCAAACCUACUGGAAACAUUUUUGGCGAUCCUACCAUAGAGCUUGCUGUUGUUCACAGUGUGGGUCAGUCUAGUUCAGACUCACAGAAGCUGCUGUGUUCUGCGACAGGAUUCGACCCGAAAAUCAAGUGGCUUUCAAAUUCUACGGAGAAAACUGGCGGAGCUUUAGACGCUACAAUGAUGGAAGAUGGACGUCUGAAAGUGUACCGUGAGAUACUGGUGCCACAGAAAGAGUGGAACGAAGGGGUCUCUUACACCUGUCAAACUGAUGAUGGAUACAGUGGGAAACCUGCUAAGAAAAGCACCAGUAUUUGUACAGUGAUCGCACCUUCCAGUAAACAGGCAGAGGUCUACUUGCUGGGUCCAUCCCACAGUGAUGUGAGAUCUGGCACCUCUGUGAUUUUGACAUGUUUGGUUGUUGGUCAGAGUGUCAGGUUAUUCUCCAUCCAAUGGAAAGUGAAUGGUAAACUUCUCAAUCAUGAUGUCGAUAAACAAGCACCUAAAGAACAUAACAAUGGGACUCAAAGCAGAGAAAAUAUUAUGAGGGUUUCAGGUACAAAAUGGAAUAAUUAUGAUGUCUUUACCUGUGAGGUUACGCAUUUGUGCUCUAAUGAUAGACACCAGCAGAACAUCUCAAAAACCCGAGACCCCAAACGACCCACUGUGAGAAUCCUCAGACCCUCAGACGGUGAUCUCUCUGGACUCCAAAACACCAACCUUCUUUGCCUGAUCACUGGUUUCUUCCCAUCUGAUAUCUCUGUACAGUGGCAACUAAAUGGGACGCAACUAGAUGCGUCUCAGUUCACUAACAGUCCUGUGGUUGCUCACACUUCAGGAGGUUUUGCAAUGCAUAGUGCCCUAAUGCUGCCUGCAUCAGAGUGGAAGGAUGGCAUGUUCUCGUGUGUUGUUUCUCAUGAGUCAUCCCAAAGUCCAAUCAUCGACACUUUAGAGAACUUGUAUGCCUCAUUGAUUCAGUCUGCUCCAUCUGCAAAGCUGCUGCAAGGAGUUAGUGAGCUGGUGUGCCUGGCAUUUGGUUUCAGCCCACCUGCCAUCAACAUCACCUGGUGGCUGGGAAAGACUGAGGUGUCAGCCCACAGGGUCACCAAACCCGCAAAAGGCCCUGAUGGAAAAUUUAGCAUCCGAAGUCACCUGGAUCUCCAACCUUCAGACUGGGCGCCUGGUGAGGUGUAUACAUGCAGAGUCACUCAUCUUGCUGAUACCUUGGUGCUUAACAUUUCAAUGAAAACAGCAUUAUUUGAGGAGGCUAUAUUUCUGAAUGAGAACAAACCUGAAGCUGUUGCACAGGAUACAGUUGAAGAGGUCUGGAAUAUGGCCUGUGCCUUUCUCAUUCUCUUCCUCCUCUCUCUUCUCUAUGGGUGCACAGUGACUUUGGUCAAAGUCAAGCUUACUUAAGCAAUAUUUUGUGAGUGUGUGGGCUUUCUGGAUUUUUUUCUUGCUUUUUUUAAUUAAACUAACUGCAAAAAGGAUGUGACAGAAACUUUUGGGCUUGUGGAGAUUUAAAUAU